AUGUCGAAGAAAACACAAAAUGAACUUGCUCCUUGGGUGGAAAAAUACAGGCCACAGACUCUUGCCGAUAUAGUUGGAAAUGAAGCUAUUGUCGAUCGUCUUCGAGCUAUUGCUAAAGAUGGCAAUGUACCAAAUAUUAUUCUUUCGGGGCCUCCUGGUUGCGGAAAAACUACUUCUGUGUGGGCUUUGGCACGAGAAUUGCUCGGAGACAAAAUUGACGUUGGAGUUCUUGAAUUGAAUGCUUCUGACGAAAGAGGAAUAGAUGUUGUAAGAAAUCGAAUAAAAACGUUUGCUCAAACUAAGGUUUCUCUUCCACCUGGACGACAUAAAAUCAUCAUUCUUGACGAAGCUGAUUCGAUGACUGAAGGAGCUCAACAAGCCCUUCGCAGAACUAUGGAGAUUUACAGCAAAACUACAAGAUUUGCCCUCGCGUGUAAUUUGUCCGAAAAAAUAAUUGAACCAAUACAAUCUCGUUGUGCGAUUUUGCGAUAUUCUAAGCUGUCUGAUGCAGAAUUGUUGUGUCGAAUUAAAGAAGUUUGCGAAUUCGAAAAUGUUAACACGGAUGAUCAAGGUCUUCAAAUGAUCAUGUUUACAGCUCAAGGAGAUAUGCGACAGGCGCUAAAUAAUUUGCAAGCCACCGUAAAUGCAUAUAACAGAGUAAACAUGGAAAAUGUUCUGAAAGUUUGCGACGAGCCGCAUCCUGAGCUCAUGGUCAAAAUGAUAUCGUUGUGCACGGAAAACAAAUUCUUUGAAGCGUCGAAGAUCAUUCACGAAUUCUACAGACUUGGAUAUUCGCCAGAAGACAUUGUUUCGACUUUGUUCCGUGUUGUGAAAACAGUUGAACUGCCUAAGGAAAUUGGUGAACAAAUGCGAAUGGAGUACAUAAAGGUCAUUGCAUUAUGUCAUAUUCGAAUCAUUCAAGGUCUCGCCACGAAGUUGCAAUUGUCGCGAAUGAUUGCUGAUCUGUGUCGGGUUAAAAUCUAA